AUGCCGGAUAUUUCGAAGUAUGAUAGGACUUUUAAUCCAAAGGAACAUAUCACGACCUACACUAUGACUGUAAAGGGAAAUGACUUGGCCCAACACGAGAUCGAAUCAGUCUUUUUGAAGAAAUUUGGUGAAACCCUGACGAAGGUUUUGAAAAUUAAACGUGCGUUGGUUGAUCCAAGAAGUUCAGCUAACAUCAUACAAAGGAGAGUUUUGGAGCAAGCGAAGUUAAUCGGAAACAUAUUUCCAACAACAAAGCUUUUAGUUGGGUUCAACUUAACGAGUAUUACAACCCAAGGAGAGAUGUUUAUGCCCACUCAUGCCGAAGGCGUAAUGAAAAACACUCUGUUCAAAGUGGUAGACGAUGACAUGGGAUACAACAUGAUUUUUGGGAGGACUUGGAUACAUGAAAUGAAGGAUGUGCUGUCAACAUAUCAUCAUCUAUUGAAAUUUCCCACACCAGAAGGGGUCAAAAAGAUCAGAGGAGAUCAACAAGCUGUGAGAGAGAUGAACGCAAUUAACUUAUCCAGUAACAAGGGCAAAGAAACAAACAAAUAA